GCUAAUCAUUCCGCAUCAUACGCCUUUGACGCCACCACAAAAUAAAGCCCACAAAUACUCCCUCACACGCGACUUCCGAAGCGCUAAACAAAAGCAAAAUCAUUCGUUUGGUUUUACUCAAUACGGCCUAGUUUUAAAAUCGCCAACGCGCAGAGAAAAUACAGUCGGCGGGCCUGCCAGAAGAGCCGGACUGCGGCCACCUGUCUGAGACUCCUUCCGCAUUUUCCUGCGGCUCCGAGGCAGUGACGUGCGCCUCUGAAGGCGGCGUAAUCUCCGGCGGAGCUGGAGGCUGCAGCGCCGCGGAGCGCAUCAGACUCGGCCCCUCCCCUCCGCGCUCCGCGGCGGCCCGCCCUGCUCACACAAGAGCCCCGUCUGCGCUCUGCCCGAGUCUGGGGGUGGGAGACGGAAACCCGCACGGCCUUGGAAACAAAAAAAACACAAAAAGGUCUUAUAUUAUGCAGAUGACCGGCGGAAGCUAUGGAUGAAGAUGUGACGGCUCUCUCUCUUCAUUCCCAUGAGCCCAAGAUCAUAUUCCAUGGGACAGGGGGUGAUGGAGAAGAAGACGAGGUGGUGGUAGAACUGCAGGAGUCGGUUCUGGUGUCCGACGUGGUGGAUGAGAAGAUCGCGGUGCACAGCCUCGCCCAUGAGGAGCUGGUCAUCCAGGAAGCUAUCGAGGAUGUGGUGGCGGAGUACGUGCCAUGCACGGAUGAAGACGAAGAGCUUGGCACCAUUGCUGUGGAGACCUGUGUGAUGUCACCCGAUGAUGUGGCUCUGGAGGAGGAAGGACUGCAGGUUGAUGUGGUGACUGACGCUCAGGUACAGGAGGAUCCUGACACCUGUGGAGACUACCUCAUGAUCUCUUUGGAUGAGGCUGGAAAGGUGGUUUCUGAUGAGGAUGCUAAAGUUACUAUUGAGGGCACUUUAGAAGACCCAGAGGAUGCGGAGAAGGAUGAUGAGGGUCAAGAGGUCAUCAAAGUGUACAUCAUCAAGGCUCACCCAGAGGAGGAAGACUUGGGAGGCACUGUUGACAUAGAAGACACUGAGCUUGAUGUAGAUGAAACCGUGGAGCUGGUGGAUCCCUCUGGAAUGCCGAUAAGAGAAAAGAUGGUGUACAUGUCAAUGGGUGAAUCUAGUCAAAACCAGGAUGACAUCAAUGUGGUUAAAAUCACAGAUGAGGUCUACAUGGAAGUGGUGGUGGGGGGUGAGGACCCCGGAAAUGUUCAGCGGACAAUUGACAAUACAUCGCUCAGCAAAGACUUCAUGCCUGUGGCUUGGGCAGCUGCUUACAGUGGGGAGGAGAGUGAAAGCUGUGAGAACAGGAAUGGAGCAGCAAGUGCUUUACUGCACGUUGAUGAGUCUGAUAUGAUCGAAAGACUCGGUCGUCAGCGAAGCAAGAACAAGAGCAAGAAACGCUCUGAACUUCGUCACGUACAGACAGCAAUCAUCAUUGGACCCUACGGCCAGCCUCUUACAGUGUACCCUUGUAUGCUAUGUGGGAAGAAGUUCAAGUCGCGUGGUUUCCUCAAGCGCCACACCAAGAAUCACCAUCAGGAUGUCGUAAACCGAAAGAAAUACCAGUGCACGGACUGUGAUUUCACCACUAACAAAAAAGCCAGUCUCCACAACCACAUGGAGAUCCACACCCUCAGCAGUAAAGCCCCAUUUGAGUGUGAAGUCUGCGGAAAAGAGUUUCACCAGAAGGCGGCGCUGUUCUCCCACCAUCUGCAGCACCACCACCGAGAAUCCAAGCUUCAGAUCCCGCCACCCACCACCAAAAUGCACAAAUGCAAGUUCUGUGAAUACGAGACGGCAGAACAAGGACUUCUAAACCGACACCUUCUCGCCGUUCACAGCAAGAAUUUCCCACAUAUCUGCGUGGAGUGUGGGAAGGGUUUCCGGCAUCCUUCAGAGCUGAAGAAACACAUGAGAACCCACACCGGCGAAAAACCGUACUCCUGCCUUUACUGUGACUACAAAUCAGCCGACUCAUCCAACUUAAAGACACACAUUAAGACCAAGCAUAGCAAAGAAAUGCCCUACAAGUGUGACCGCUGUUUCCAGACAUUUGCCGAACCUGACGAGCUGUUACAACAUGGACUGACACACGAGGAGGCCAAAACACACCAGUGCACCCACUGUGACCAUAAAAGCUCCAAUUCCAGUGACCUGAAGCGCCACAUCAUUUCAGUUCACACCAAAGACUAUCCACAUAAAUGUGAAGUCUGUGGAAAAGGCUUCCACCGGCCAUCCGAGCUCAAAAAGCACUCUGCUUCUCAUAAGGUGAAGAAGUUACACCAGUGCAGGCAUUGCAACUUCAAAAUCGCUGAUCCAUUUGUUCUCAGUCGGCAUAUUUUGUCAGCGCACACCAAGGAGCAGCAGGCAUUUCCUGACAAAAGGGGUCUUAAGAAGACGUUUGGACUCGGUGCUCAUGGAGGUAAGAAAAUUUUGGGCGGUGCCAGUUUGUCCAAGGGCCACCGGGAGCGCCGGGUGUACCAAUGCCAGUAUUGCGACUACAGCACGGGCGACGCGUCUGGUUUCAAGAGGCACGUGAUCUCCAUUCACACCAAAGACUAUCCUCACCGAUGUGACUUCUGCUCGAAAGGCUUCCGCAGACCGUCGGAGAAGAAUCAGCACAUAAUGCGGCAUCAUAAAGACCUAAUGCCUACCAUGUGACCUUUGCAAUCAGAAACCCAUUAGGAAAAGUGCUGUUCUGAUGUAGCUGUGGUCUUCAGGGCCGUUGGAAAGCCAACUAAUGGCCGCUUUUAUGGCCGCAGUAUCCGCUUUUUCGGAUACUGAUAAUACAGACAGGCUGAAAGUGCAAGAAAAUGGAGAGAAAAACAACCAUCUAAUGUGUCCAGUUGCAAUGUUCUGAAGACACUUUUUAAAAAAAGUUUAAUUAACCAUUCUUGAUCAGCUGACCAGCUUUGGAUUAAUACGAAAAUAGGUAAACUUGCAUACCAAUCCAUCAAGGGUGGAUGACAUACAUGCGUCUGGUUAUAAAUUUGAAUUAUGACUCCUUUAUUGCAUGUUACACAAAACAUGUUUGAACAGCUUUGGUGAUUGUUGCGUGUUUGUGCACAUGCGUUUACAAGUACAAACGUUUUGGGAUUAGCCUUGAAGACGUCCGUUGUCAUUAAACGACGGUGCUAAUGCUUUAUCGACUAGCUUCAGAUGAACAGAAUGUCUAAUUAAAGUGAACUGAAAAAUGCCAUAGCUGCUAAAAAUUUGUUUUAAUUUUAGGGGGGAAAAAUUGCUGUUUCAGACCAGAUAUAGGCUUUUGGGAAACCCAUCUUUUAUUUUGGUUCUCUGAACAAAAUGAAUCCACAACAUUGGUGCAUUAAUUUACUAAUAUCGGCUAUUAUGAAUUUAAUGUAGGACAUGGUUUCUUGGUAUUUCCAAUAAAAAUCAUAUUCCAAAUAGUACUCAACUCACAAGAGAUCCUGAGGUUUAACCAGAGUGUGCAGACAUUAAAUCAGGCUGAAUGGCUGGUUAAUCUAAAUUUCUUUGAAUUUAGACACUAGUAUGUUUGUGUAUUUCUUGAAUGUGGUCGUUUGGCUUUUGGUCUGUUUGUUGUAAAACUCACCCUCAAAUUAUUAUUAUUAAGACGUUUAGGGUAAAUUUUAUUUUUUACACAUACUGAAAAUGUAUAAUUUGGAAUAAAGAGAUUCUAAAAAACUGUUAUGUGUAUAGGAAAUAUUUGUAAAUACAGAAGUAAUAAACAGUAUUUUGUGUCCAAAAUGUUUUUUAUUUUAUUUAUUAUAUUUUUUGAUGAUGAAACGCAAAUGGAUAAUCUGAAUAAAUCGCACCAACUUUUGUCAUUUGUAAACCAAUUUUAAUCUUAACAGCAGUAAACAAAACCACCAGAGACAACAAUUAAAAAGCAUUCUUUAUAAAAAUUUGUUUACA